AUGAUACCAAGGGGAAUUCUUAACGAAGGACAGGAAAAUGAAAUGGAAAUGUUUGGAUACAGAAGAGUAAAAUGUCGAAGUCUCCUGUGUGUUAUUGGUUACAUCAUUACACUGGGGUUUCUUAAAAUCCUUUUUUAUUGGAAGCCUGAACUAGAUGUCUGGUGUCACUGUGUGCCCUGCACCUUGGAAGAAGCUGAUAUGUUCUUGCUCAGAACCACAGAUGAAUUUAAGAAGUACACAAAGAAGAAAGUGAAAUGGAUACAAUCAGAUGUGUCCAAUGCCAUACCUCAGCCUCACAACGUAUCAUCAGUGGACUCCAACCUGCAUAAUUUAUUAAUGAAGCCUGAGCAGAAGUCACCACCUCAGGCCUCUGACUCUGUGGCUGUGUACAGAGCCAAGGAAGGCUCCCCUGAAUUCCUCCUUAGCUCUGAGGUGCGUUGUAUCAGGGUACAAAAAACACACUAUGUUUGGAAUACACUAGAAGACAAAUUUAAUAAAACUGGAGUCCUGGAGGACAACCUUUCAUGCUCUGAUAUACAUAAAACGUUUGGAAUGGGUUUAUGUAGUAAAGAACAGAAUGCCAGGCAGCAGUUAUGUGGACCAAACACAAUAGAAGUAAAAAUUACUCCAAUAUGGAAGCUGAUAUUUAAGGAGAUUUUAAACCCAUUCUACUGUUUUGAAGUUUAUUCACUAUGUACAUGGCUGGCAACUGGAUAUAUUGAAUAUUCCAUGGCCAUAUUAAUCAUGACCAUCUUGUCUGUUCUUGCCACAAUUUACCUACUAAGGAUGCAAUCAGUUAAACUGCAUCAUAUGGUGGAAUCACAUAACAAUGUUAUGGUGUCUGUUCUUCAGAGAAAUGGAGAGGUUGAAGAGGUACAGUCUAAAUGCCUGGUCCCUGGAGAUGUAAUUAUUUUAUCAGAGAAGAAGUUCUUUCUGCCGUGUGAUGCGAUACUGAUAUCAGGGGGAUGUGUUGUAAAUGAAGGCAUGUUGACAGGAGAAAGUGUUCCUGUUACUAAGGUUCCACUACCAAAUGUGGACAAUGGAAUCCCAUGGAUAACAUACACUGGGGAAAAUUGUCGUGGACAUAUAUUGUACUGUGGAACUGAGGUUGUAAAGACAAAGCUACCUGCUGAUGGGAUGGUAAAAGCAGUUGUCCUACAAACAGGAUUCAACACUGCAAAAGGAGACCUUGUGAGAUCGAUUAUAUAUCCCAAGCCUGUGCAUUUUAAACUCCACAGAGAGGUUUUAAAAGUUCUCUUUGGGCUUAUUGGUCUUUCCAUCACUGGAGUGAUAUACACAGUUGCAGUUUAUUCACUUAGUGGGGCAACAGCUCGAGAAUUAGUAAUCAUGACACUUAUCAUGGCAACUGUGGCUAUACCUGUCUCUUUGCCCCCGGCUUUGACCAUCUGCACCCUCUGCUGUCAAGCACGAUUAAAAAAGCAAGGCAUUUUUUGCAUCAGCCCACAGAGGAUUAUAUUGUGUGGACAGUUAAAUGUUAUUUGCUUUGACAAAACAGGUACUUUAACUGAAGAUGGUUUAGACUUAUGGGGUAUCAUUCCUUCAGAUAGAGGCCGUUUCCAGGAAACCUUUCAUGUUACAUCUGGUUGCACAUUACCCUGGAGCACUUUGACUGGAGCAAUGGCCAGUUGCCAUUCAUUGGUUCUACUAGAUGGAAAAGUGCAUGGUGAUCCACUUGACAUCAAGAUGUUUGAAGGAACAGGCUGGGUAAUAUCUACAAAAAAUAACUUACAGAAUGAACUCAAUGAAAUCAAGGCAGACAAUAGCUCAAGGCUGUAUACAAUGGUCACUCCAGGACCUGAAGCACAGUGUGUUUCAGUAAAAGGGCUCUCUAUCUUGCACCAGCUUCCCUUCUGCUCAAGUCUGCAAAGAAUGUCUGUUAUUACCAAAGUUGUAGGAGAACCUAAAUUCUUAGUGUUCCUGAAAGGUGCACCAGAAGUGAUUGUGAAAUUUUGCAAGGAAGAUACAGUGCCAAUCAAUUUCUUAUUUUUACUUAACCAGUACACAGUACAAGGUUUCCGUGUCAUUGGAAUGGCAUAUAAAAAUUUAGAAAUGAAUGAAGAUGUUAAAGUAGAGAUGUUAAAAAAGGAAGAGGUGGAACAUGAUCUCUGUUUUCUUGGAUUCUUGAUAAUGGAGAAUAGGCCUAAGCCAGAAACCAAACCAGUUCUCCAGGAACUAAAAUCUGCUAACAUAAGAACAAUCAUGGUGACAGGUGAUAACCUUCAGACAGCAUGUACAGUGGGACUGAGCUCUGGCAUGGUACCUGAUGCUUCCACUUUACGCUUGUUAGAUGCUUGUGAGCCUGAACGUGGUUCUUCAGCAUCAUUCACUUGUCAGUCAUUUGAAAGGAGCAGAGAUGAAUUACACAAAGAGAACGCAAGUGACAAUAAGAACUCAGUAAAGCACCUUGUAGCCACUACCACUGAGAACAUUUGCAAUUUUAAUGGAAGUGCCUGGAAAUACCAUUAUGCUAUGAGUGGAAAAACAUAUGAUAUUAUGAAGCAACACUUCCCUAGUUUGAUACCAGAUAUUCUACUUAACUCUACCAUUUUUGCUAGAAUGACUCCUAAGCAAAAAACAAGAAUUAUUGAAGAUCUACAAAGAAUUAAUUAUUACGUUGGUAUGUGUGGAGAUGGUGCAAAUGAUUGUGGGGCUUUAAAGAUAGCUCAUGCUGGAAUCUCUUUAUCAAAUCUGGAGGCAUCAGUGGCCUCUCCUUUUACAUCAAAAAUCCCAAAUAUUGAAUGUGUGCCAAAGCUGCUAAAGGAAGGAAGAAAUGCACUUGUUACUUCAAUAUGCUUGUUUAAAUACCUUAUUAUGUAUACUUUGAUUGAGCUCAUCUGCAUGAUGCUUCUAUUUUGGAAAAAAACUUUACUUGGAAAUUACCAUUACCUGAUGCAGGACAUAGCAAUUACUGUAACAGUUAUAUUGACAAUGAGUUUAACUGGUCCUGCUCCAAAGCUAGCCCCAUAUAGACAUGCGGUGAGUCUGAUGUCUCCUCCCCUGCUGCUGUCAGUGACUCUCCAUACCAUAUUCACCAUUGUUAUACAAACAAGUGCAUUUUUUCUGGUACAGCAGCAACCAUGGUACAAUGAGACUGAUGUUUUCAGUGCAUGUGAUCAUCACAAUCAAAGUUAUGUCAACCACACAAUGAUAGCGCAUUAUGGUCAGUCACAGAAUUUCCUGACUACCACGCUGUGGCCUGUGACUGGGAUAAACCUAAUCAUUGUUGAGUUUGUAUUCUGCAAAGGAAAGCCUUUUAGAAAACCAAUAUAUACUAACUAUGUAUUAUGCAUAUUAAUAUUAGCUCAACUGGGGGCCUUCCUUUUUAUGCUGUUUGCUGAUAUUGGAACACUGUACAGUUCCAUGGAGCUUGUCUGCACACCAUACUAUUGGAGAAUCGAAAUAUUAAGCAUGCUUAUUGUGCUUUUCAUUGCAUCCUAUGGUGUGGAAAUCUUUGUUUACAAUAGAACACUCUGGCAAUUUAUUAUGAAGAUUUCAGGUUACAAAUCAAAGAGUCAUUACAAGAAACUCAAGAGCACAUUGGAAAAGGACAUAAACUUGCAAAAAAGAAUGUCUUAUUCAAGGCCACAGUUGGAACUAAUGGCAAAUGAGUGUGUUUAAUGUAUUUAUCAGUGAAAAAGUGUCAGUCAUAGUGCAAAUUGUGUUUAGAAACAGUAUAUUGGGGCUGAUUUGCUAAAGGAGCAUAGAAUGGUCUCACCCUGUCAUCAAACAUCUCCCCCUUAUGUUUCCCUUCUGCUCUUAGUAC